CACGCCUACUAGUGACGUGACGUUGCGUAAUGGUUCCUCGGUAAAUAAACCUGAAGUUCACAGCGAUCAGCUGAUUCGAGCUGUUAGCGGAGGCUCUGGAACGAGAAGUGGGCAGGGCUCUCUCCGGUAGCCGCUAUCCUCAGUUCGGUUUUACUCACAACGAAGCGGUUAGUUUGCUUGCGGCCUGUGUUAAAGCUGGAGUUGUGGCCGGGUACAGGAAGAGCUGUAGUGUAUGAUCCCUGAGUCACUACCGGCAGCCGGCUCCUGUAGUAAACAAUAGGUGGCUGCACUACCUUCCUGUCGGGCCUUCCCUCCAGUCACCUAGUCCUGCUCACAUAUCUCUUACAGCCUGUCCUUCCGACUUCAGUCUGUGGAAGAGCCACUAGUAUUUUUCCUUUGCUGCGAGCUGCUGCUGGGGAGCCAAUGACAAGGCUACGAAGCUACUAAAUGAUUGUGUGUGUGCUAUGAGCUCACUGGAUUUCUGUGUAUAAUAUGCCCCAGAGCAGGGCCUGUCUAUAACGUCAACAUUCCAUAUUCACUUUCAUCUGUCAGAAGAUUAUCUACAAGAAUAUCGAUCUAUUCAAGGAGAUCCAAGUGAUCAUGAUCGCAGAUAUUGUCUUGGAUCAGUGUCUGAAUUAGAUCUGUUAAUUGGAACAUCCUGUCUUAUGGAAUCCAAUCACAUCCUUUGUGUUAAUUCACCUCCUUUCCUGGCUGAAAACAUCAUCUGCAGUGCCACCAUCUCAAGCUACCACAUUUUUGGACCCUUUCAGGUUUUAACUUCUUAAAAAGACUAUACAUUGAGUCCACAUAUUUGUAGCAAGACUACAUUUUUCACACACACCCCCCCCCCCUUUGGAAGCAGCCGCAGCAUUAUCAGAAUUUUGGCUCUCGGUCACCGCUUCUUCAGCCGGAUUUCCUUGCGAACAAGCUCCAAUCCAGCGUCUUCUGGAAAAGUCCUGUCUUUCAGCACAUACAUAAUUGUCUUCAUUUAGAUUGGCAAACAACCAUUUUUAAACGGCAGAAACAACUUUGUUACAGGAAGAAAACAAAUUGUCAGAGGCUUAGACCAUCGUCCCUGUCAAAUCAGCUGUUGCCUAGAUCUGUGUGCUUGAAAUCCAGUCAAGCAUUGCACUAGUUGUUGUGAAAAAUGCUAAUCCUUUAUUCUAAAUGACCCAUAUAUUUUUUUUUUUGCCCACCCUCAUGGUUUACAUUGUCUUUCCUACCCAAAUUUAACUAAGCAAAUGUGCUAAUAAGAACAGAAGGCCGUCUUCGUUUAAUUUUUUCUCAUGAUGGAGUAACCUUCAGUACUCAUCAGAAGUUGUAGAGAGCAUAUAUACAUCUCAGGAGGCAAGCAUUCAGUGAACCUGUUGUGUAUUUUUAAGUCUUUGGAGAUUUGCUUGCAUUUUGUUUGGUUUUUUUUUCUUAAUAUUUUAAUCAUGAUGGACUUAUAUAUAGUGUUUUAUUCUGCAUGAAAUAUUUAUUUUUCUACUCAAGAAAGGUGUGAAUUGGAAUAGCCGAAUUCAAAUAGAUGCUUGUCUCUACAAACCCAUUAUCUGAAGUCUAUUUUGUGCACUCCGUUUUACACCGUCUGUAAUGAAGAGUCUGCAUAAAGCUGGCCUUUUUGCACAAUGCUGUAUUUCUAUUUUCUGUAAUCCUUUUACCAAGACUUUGAUCACAAAACACUUUCAAAGUCUUUAGUUGGUCCGCUGCCUAAUUGUGAUCAAAAAGUGACUUUGCUUCUACUGUAAGGAAAAUGAGUACACAGGGGCCAACCACUGAUAAGUGUCUGAUCACUGCAUUGAUGUGCCAGGAGAAUUUUGCAUGUGCUGGCAAUGCAGAAGCUGUUUUUGAAUGUGAUGAGUGUAAUACUCUGCAGUGCAAGCAGUGUGAAGGAGAGCUCCACAAACAAGAAAGACUUCAGAACCACGAGAGGACCAGGAUUCCUCCUGGAUUUGUCCCUUAUUGUUCCAGUUGCAAAGGAGGAAAUACAAGCUCCAUGAUGAGCAGCACAACAGGCUCCAGGCAGCGGGCAGCUGUUAGGUGCCUUAGCUGUAAGAUUGACCUCUGUGCUGAAUGCCAGAAACGUACUCACUCAGGGGGAAACAAAAGAAAGCAUCAGUUUACGGCAUACCCAAUUUUAAAGGGUCCUGAACCACAACAUGGCCCAGAAAUGGAUAAGGAAUCUUUAAGGAAGAAGAUGACUGAGAAAGUUGUCAGUUUCCUUCUAGUUGACGAGACUGAACAAAUUCAGGUAAAGGAUGAAGAGGAAUUCUUGGAGAAGCUGCACUGCAAGCAAGAUGACCUGUUGAAGGUCAUUUCGAUCUUUGGCAACACUGGAGAUGGCAAAUCUCACACUUUGAAUCACACCUUCUUUUAUGGAAGGGAAGUAUUUAAGACUUCUCCUGCCCAGGAAUCCUGCACAAUUGGUGUGUGGGCAGCACUGGACCCAGUCCAUAAAGUGGUUGUAAUCGACACAGAAGGUUUGCUUGGUGCCACGGUUAAUCUUAGUCAGAGGACACGUUUGCUGCUCAAAGUUUUGGCUAUUUCGGAUAUUGUUAUCUACAGAACUCAUGCAGAUAGAUUGCACAAUGACCUCUUCAAGUUUCUUGGUGACGCCUCUGAAGCGUACCUGAAACACUUUACCAAGGAGCUGAAAGCCACCACUGCAAGGUGCGGGUUAGAUGUGCCACUAUCAACACUGGGUCCUGGGGUUAUCAUCUUUCAUGAAACUGUGCACACCAAGCUGUUGGGGACAGAAAAGGUCACAGAAAUACCUGAGAAGGUGAUCCAGGACCGCUUCCGUAGGCUGGGAAGAUUUCCUGAAGCAUUCAGCUCUAUCCAUUACAAAGGCACUCGAACCUACAACCCACCAACUGACUUCUCAGGGUUGCGCCAUGUCAUUGAACAACAACUGGAGAACAAUACCACCCGCUCACCUCGUCAUCCAGGUGUCAUCUAUAAAGCUCUAAAGGCCCUGAGUGACCGCUUCAGUGGUGAAAUCCCUGAUGAUCACAUGACGCACAGCUGCUUUUUCCCAGAUGAAUACUUCACCUGCUCCUCUAUCUGCCUCAGCUGCGGAGCAGGUUGUAAAAACAGCAUGAAUCACUUGAAGGAAGGACUUCGUCACGACACGCAGAGCCGCUGCCGGUACUCACACCAGUAUGACAAUAGAGUGUUUACUUGCAAGGCUUGCUAUGAAAGUGGGAAGGAGGUGAAUGUGGUACCCAAAACAUCUGCUUCCACGGACUCUCCCUGGUUGGGCCUUGCUAAGUAUGCCUGGUCUGGAUACGUGAUUGAGUGCCCUUCAUGUGGCGUGAUCUAUCGCAGCCGUCAGUACUGGUUUGGGAACCAAGAUCCUGUGGAUACUGUUGUGCGUACAGAGAUACAACAUGUCUGGCCUGGAGCAGAUGGAUUCCUAAAAGACAACAACAAUGCAGCUCAGCGUCUCCUGGAUGGAAUGAACUUCAUGGCACAGUCUGUUUCUGAACUAAGUAUUGGACCGACCAAAGCAGUGACAUCCUGGCUGACUGAUCAGAUUGCCCCAGCCUACUGGAAGCCAAAUUCACAAAUACUGGAAUGUACUAAGUGCAAGAUCCCCUUUAAAGACAAUGACACUAAGCACCACUGUCGGGCCUGUGGGGAGGGCUUCUGUGACAGUUGCUCUUCCAAGAGCCGCCCAGUGCCUGAGCGAGGUUGGGGACUCUCUCCAGUACGUGUCUGUGACAGCUGCUAUGAUCAGAGAGGACCUCCUGUGGCUGUAGCAACAAAUACUGCAGAAGAUGAUGAAGGUGGCACCCUGAUUGCAAGGAAGGUUGGAGAGGCUGUACAAAACACCUUAGGCGCCGUGGCCAAAACCAUUGACUUCCCUCUGGGUCUGGUGAAAGACGCUGCAAGGCCAACUUACUGGAUCCCAGACCAUGAAAUAAAAGACUGCUACAGCUGCAGGAAAGAGUUCAGCACCAAGCUCUCGAAACACCACUGCCGGGCAUGUGGCCAGGGUUUCUGUGACGAGUGUUCAAAUGAGAGACGGGCAGUACCCACUCGGGGCUGGGACCAUCCUGUCCGUGUCUGCGUAAACUGCAAUAAAAAACCUGGUGACCUUUAACUCUUUUGUUUCCACUCCAGUCCUUCGUAAUUCAGUAAAUUCUCAGGGUUAGAAAUAAGUGGAACUUCCUUAAUACUUAGGCUUUGUUUGCCUAUGUAGGCUCUGACCUUUUGACUGUGGCCUGAAUCUUAUUAGUCCCUUAGUCACGUAUCAAUUACACAAAGAGAAAACUUCAGACCUCGGUGAGAGAAGGCAACAUUUUUGUAACCUUGCUGGUCAGAGAUGGUAAAAUGGAAUAAUAUCUGGGACAAUGAAACCUCUGAUGCAAUUUAUAAUUCUAGGAAAACAAUCUUUGCCACUAACCGUAUAUGCACUUUAAGUCAUGCCUGCAUGCCAGGGCUCCGAAUACUAACGUUUUUUUUUUAUGUUCUGUAAAUUUAUGUUAUAAAAUGUGGAUACCUUUACAUGAGAUAUUUUCUGUGUGGCCAAACUAUAGAAAUGCACGUGUUAAUUAAAAGGCACUAUUGUGUAAAUACAAUGUAAUCUUCGUAAAGAAUACACUGUAAGGGUUGGGGCAGAUUCGGGAAGAUUGUCGCCUGGCGACUAAUCUCCUCUUCUGCGGGGCGACAAUCUCCCCGAACUGCCUUCCGUCUGUCUUCCGCCUGCUUGAAUGAAGAAUCGCCUGCGCUAAUACACUCACGGCGCUUCGAUUUCCGAAGUUGCAUGAAUUCUAAAAUCGAAUCGCCGCGAACGCAUUAGUGCAGACGAUUCUUAAUUCAAGCAGGCGGAAGGCAGACUCACGGCAGUUCAGGGAGAUUGUCGCCCUGCAGAAGAGGCGAUUAGUCGCCAGGUGACUAAAUCUCCCUGAGUCUGCCCCCAACCCUAAAGCUGUCUGCCCAGUACUGGUGCCAGAAAAUCUAUUCAGGACAGGAAUACAUCAGUCAGGUUCUUCCCAUUUAUAUCAGUGAUAGGCAGCGGGGGAGGGGGGUGAUUUUGGGCAUUGUGUACUCAAAUCCUCAAAAUAAUGGUUGUUUCCACAGCAAUCCGUUUUAUGAUGUAUUUAUCUGUUUAAUCUUACAGCUACAAUUCUAAAAUCUAAAAUAAAAAGAACAUCUUUUGCCAUUUA